UCGAUACGGCAUUGGCAGGCGAGGCAUGGAUUCGACAUACUUAACAAGACUGCUCCUUUCUGUUUGUUUCUUCGGACUAAUCCAGUUAUCUGAGGGAGGUCAACUAUGCGGUUCAUGUACACGUAUAUCUAACCCUAGUAACUGUGAUCACGUGACAAGAUGUGGAGAUCACGAGGAAUGUAUGGUUUCACAAUAUAUGACACCAGGUGGACAUGUGAUGUACGACACCGGUUGUAUAGCAUCGUUCCGGUGUACUCAUUUUGGGAAGCGACAAAGUGUAGAUGAAGUAACGCUAAACGCAAGGAGCAAUGAUGGCACCUUAACCCUUUGUCAGAGCUGCUGUAACGACACUAACAUAUGUAAUACAAUGCAAGGGUUAUGUAACUCACAGCCACUAAAUACCAAUGGUUAUAUAUUAUGUUACAAUUGCGACCAAAUGACCUUACCAAACCAGUGUGAUAGUAUUGCAAGAUGCCCCCUCCACCAGCAAUGUUACGUGGGUCAAAAAGUAAACCUUUUGAGUGGGACCACGUUAUGGGAGAGCCGGUGUGGACACAACGCCCAGGAAUGUUUGGGGGCAACACCAAUGAUAGCGAGGCCUGUUCCUAUAGUAGGGAAAAGACUUUCGCCAUUUUGUGGAACAUGUUGUAAUUCCAGUAACUUUUGUAACGACAAAUGUUUAGACUCCGUUGUAGCCCACACCUUUCCAACAAGACCACCCACAUCAACGUCCACAACACCAGCAACGACAACUCCGUCAUCAACGGUGACACAAUCAACUUUGGCUAUGACACCGCUCAGUAAACCGACAAUUACCAGUUUAUCACCAUCCAGGGAAGUUUCACUUGGAUCAUCAAUAUUCCUUUACUGUGCGGUCACAGGAAACCCGUCACCAAAAAUAGCUUGGGGUGUAACGCACUUCAAUGCCAUUGGAUCCAAGCCUAACAACACCCAGAUCCUGGGCAAUGGACACACUAUGCAUAUCGAUCACUUUAUACCCGCUAAUGCCGGGUUGUAUAUUUGUUAUGCGACCAAUAGCCAAGGUACCGACAGCAAGGCUUUGUCUGUCAAGCAAGCAACUUCACCCGCCACAACAGCUUCUACAACGAUCGGCACCACAACCUCAGCACAGUUGUCACCGCCUCCAAUGAUCAUAUACAGCACCACCAUACAUCAUGCACGGAUCGGGACACACGUUAGACUGUAUUGUGUUGCAUCCGGGCUGCCGACUCCCACCAUUUCCUGGUCAUUCCUAACAUCAGCCAACCCACCUGACAAUUUGAGUUUGGUUGGCCAGGAGCUUCACAUCAAUGGUUUUCAACACAUUAACUAUGGUACCUACAGAUGCGAAGCACGGAAUAUCCAUGGCAUGGCCGAUAAGUUGUUUAAUAUUUCACCAUUUUAGUUGGAAAUUAGUAUUUACAUUUACAAAUAAACAUUAAAUGAUUAA